AUGACCCUCGACAUCGGCACCCAGCAUCGCGACGCCUCCGUAUCUGGACCUUCGUCCGACCUUUCCCCUUCACCGCCAUCUUCACCCGGCCUGGUCUCAACGCACGCAGCAGCGGUUAGCCCGGCACCUGCAAGGAAGCCCACAACCGCAUCCAACGCAGCCAGCACCUCGGCCAUCCUCUCCUGGUCCGAUGAAAAGGUAAAGUCGUGCUCCAGCCUGCGCGCUCGCAAGGACCUUCGCAGGAAUCUCGAGGUCGAUGUCCUCCAAAACAUCCAGAAGGCCCUUCGCACCUCUCCCAACCCGUUCUUCAACGACCCUGGAGCUGCGGCGCAGGAGGCGUUGCGUCAGGCCCAGAUUUACAAGGCCUGGAUCCAAGAUCAGGAGGGCAGCUCACUCGAGGUCGCCAUCGUCAAUGACCACCCUCAGGGUCCGGCCGAUGGCUGCCCUCCGUACGACUUUGUCUGGGUCAACGGCUACGUCCACGACGACACCAUACCACCGAGCGAUCCCAGCGAGCUCCAAGGCUGCGACUGCGAAGACGAUGCCUGCAACCCGGCCACUUGCAAGUGCUUUCAGAAGGCGGUCCGUUUCGAUACUCUCAACAUCUACAAGGAAUCCAAGCAGUUCGCCUACAACGCCGACGGCACGCUGCAGGACAUGAUGGUGCCCACCUACCCGAUCUUCGAAUGUAACAGCAAGUGCGGCUGCUCGUCUGCUUGCACCAACCGCGUCGUCCAGAAGGGACGCCGCGUCGAGAUCGAGUUCUUCAAGCAUCAGCACUACGGAUGGGGUGUGCGCGCCCGGCACCGUAUAAAGAGGCACACCUUCAUCGGCAUCUACAGCGGCGAACUCGUCAGCGACGCCGAGGCGGAUCGUCGCGCCAUCGUUUACGAAGACGUCGGCAGCACCUACCACUUCACCAUUGAUCCCCAUCCGAUCAAGCUCGAGACGAUGCGCAAGCGGCUGGCCAGCUCACCCGAAGGUCGCACGAUGACCGAGGAGCAAUUGAUGCAGCGUGUCAACGACUGGACCCGACUCAUGGACCUCUACCAGGCGCACAGGGAACACAAAGUGACGGCCAAACAGCUCAAAGAGUUCAACGACCGUCAGAUUGUCGAAGCAAAGAGGAAAGGCGAGUGGAGCCGCAGGUGGCAAGCCGAGCUCGAGGCCGAGCUUGCCGAAUGGGAGGCCCGAUACCGAGAAGAGCCGGACAACUACCUUAGCCUCGAGCCCGAGGACCAGGCGAGGGCGGAGGAUCUCAGCCUCUUCUACGAGGAUCAGCAAGAGGCAAACGAGCUCACCGUCGACGGUGCGCUCCACGGCAACUUCACCAGGUUCUUCAACCACAGCUGCGACCCUAACCUCGCCACCUGGCCGGUCUGGAUCGAGGAAGGCAGCAUCUGGAGGCCCUUUUUCUGCUUUUUCGCCCUGCGCAACAUCGAGGCCGGCGACGAGCUCAACUUCUCUUACACCUCCGCGGAAGAGGUCGACGACAUGGUCAAGAGGCUCAACCAAAUCCAGGUCGAGCAGGGCACCAAGCCCGGCACCAAGAGGAUGAAGUGCCUCUGCGGCGCGUCCAACUGCCGAGGCUUCGUGUUUGGCUGA